AUGGGGACUCAGAGGAAUUUGCCAAAUUCCAAGGAGCAACUCCUAAAAACCUACAAUAUCCGUCUCAAAGAUGAUGUCAAGAGUAUGCAAGAGAAUUUUGAAGAAAUUCUUAAACUAGCCAAAGGGGAGAAUGAUAGUCAACUAUCGAAGAUAACGCAAUGCGAACAGGAUACCUAUGAAAUGCAAGUUCGUGCGGCAAAUAUUGUACGUGCUGGAGAAUCUCUAAUGAAAUUGGUGUCUGAUAUUAAGCAGUAUUUGAUUCUCAAUGAUUUCCAUUCGGUCAAUGAGGCAAUAACAGCUAAUUCACAAUUGUAUCGAUCGACACAGGCGGAUUGCGACAAAAAGUUAAUGAGUCUGCGAGAUGAUAUGGCUGCUGAUCUCUAUGAUCUCGAGGAGGAAUACUACACUAGUGUUUAUAAGUAAUUUACAUGGAAAAUAGAAAUCUUUCACGCGGAAA